AUAUACAUUCUGUGUUUAUAAGGCUGCCUGGGUCACCGGACGCCCUUUUUCAGACAAAAUACUUUUCUCCUUGAUCAUUAAGCGUAGUAAUGUAGGUCAGCCAUGUUUUUCUUAUCUCUUUAAUUCUAUCCACCAUGACUCUGCUUAUCUGAUAUAUAUUGAUGAUUAAAAUAUCUCGUCAGGUCCCAGUUACGUUCCACGACGUCGUGGCUUCUUUUACAGAGGAGCAGUGGACCAGCUUGGAGAGAGGAAAGAGAGAGCUUUACCAGAAUGUGAUCAAGCAAAUCCACAAUGCUUUGCUAACGCUAGGUUACACAAUUGUGAAUCCAGACACCCUAUUCAGAAUAACGAAAGAAGACGAAGCCUGUGUCCGCAUUGAGUAUUCCUCUGACCAUAAUGACGUUGUCCCGGAUCUUUUGCUAAAAAUAAAGGAGGAAGCAGCAGAUGAAACCCCCUGCAGUGAAGAGGAACUUAAUGCAGCAUAUCCUGUAAUCCAUUCUGUGAUUUCCUUAAACAUCAAGCAAGAACGGGAGGUUUGCAAGAAAGUCAGCAUGGGCUCUGAAGCUAAGCCAAAAAAUCACCCAGAUACACAAGAGGACAACCUGUCCUUCGUUAAGGAAGAGGAAGAAAUGUGUUCCAUAGAUAAUUAUAACCAUGCCGACCUGGAUAUCAAUGUCAUCUGCACCUCGCCUCCUACUGCGGUGAAAGAAGAGGACAUCUCACAGCUGCUGGAAAUACAGCCCACGGGCCGCUACAGGACAGAUGAUGAACCCAUAAAACAAGAAAUGGACGACCAGAUAGAAGGUCACGCAGGCUACGAGCAUACCGAUUUCACUAUAAGAAGGCAUGAAUAUGAAGAGGAAUCAGGUGGAACAAACGCACUGUCAGUAAAAAGGAUAAAAGUCGGCUUCCAGGCAGAAGGCGGCACAGAAAGAAACCAUUCAAACAGUGACAGCAGUGACGACGAAGAAAGGCGGAGGAGAUUGAUAGAAAUCAUGGACAGGGAGCGUCACAGUCGCCCAACUCCCCCAUUUCUGCUGAACUGCCUGGAGUGGGUUCCCGAUCGGCGAGAAGAAUGUACGAAGCGUAAGCCCCCCGCUGCUCCUGUGCGCGUCGGGGACACAGCCUGGUGCUCGUGUGGGGGCUGCGUGGCGUUGCCCACGGAUGAUGAGUGCGUAUGUUGCACUGAGAUAAAGAACAUCGAGCCCUUGCUUUCCGAGGGCAAAAAAUGCAUUUGUGACAGCGAUUACGUCAGGGACAGGCUGGUUUCCCGAGAGCACAUUAUAUCGCUGUAUCGAUACAGCUCGAGUUACUCCAAGCUGCGGUUACCGCGCAUGGACGACCUGAAAGAAAGCGACUACAGAAAAACAGCUUACAGGGCCUUUUGCAUGUGGGCGUACGGCCGUCUGGGGAGGAAAAAAGGACGCCCGAUUCCAGCGUGCGUGGUCCACAGAAUUCGCACGCAUUUCCCUAAACCCGACAAGACUUACUUGGGAUUGGUUUCCGCGUCGUAUGACCCCAACGCCGUCGACAUGUUAGACUAAAAAUAUUCUUCUUUGCUGAUUCUGCUGUUUAUAUUAAAGUUACAAUUCUGUACAGUCUGUUUAUAGAGAAAAAACGUUCGGAUUUUGAAAUGUGUUUAUUUACAUUUUUAUGGUAAAAUAAAGUGGUAUUUCUUAUCUGUCA